AUGAUCGCGGUUCCCGGGGGCGGCGGCGGCGGCUGCUGGCUCCCAGGAGCCGCUGUGACAUCCCCCGGCGCUGGGGCUCGGCUCCGGCUCCGGCUCCGCGCCGCUGGCUCUGCGUCGCUCGCACUCCAGGUACGGGUGACUCACACAGUCACUCGCGCCCGCCCCUCGCGCUCACUCGCUCCCCCGCCUCGCCGCCGCCGCCGCGCAGGCCAAACCCACCGGCGCGCCCGGACCGAAGUGGCAGGGAACGUGCACGUCGGGCACCCUGGGAGGGAGGGCGCAGCGGGGGAGGGGGCGGGCAGAGACCCGGAAAGCUCCGCAGACCGCCGUGAGUGCGACUUUGCGGCCUGGGGAGUGAGCCUCGCGCCACCGCCGCUGCAGGCCGGGGAGCCCAGCCGGGGGCACCCUCAUCCCAGGCUGACUGACGUCCCUGCCACCCAAAUGUCGCGGGGAGUGCGGGGCCAGGGUGUGCCCUCCCUCCUCCUCCAGCCAGUGAAACCCGGGACAGCGGCACCCAGCCCCAGGGCGGAGGCCGUCUUUGCUGCGCGCAGCGACGCACCCAGGCCCAAGGGCCGGGAGAUCCGCGGGGAACCCGGAGACCUGCGUCCCAGAGGGGCCGAGGGUUGCACCGCGCCCGCUCCCACGGGCCUUUUCAGAGAGGACGCUUCUCCCGCGUGUCCGCGGGAAGUCCUCGGAUCCUGGAUGAGAAAGAGCCUUCUCUCACCGGCUCCCAGACCCCGCGCUUUUUAAUACCUGUCCUUGCAGAGCGACUGGUCAUUUUAGGCCCUAGUCAAGCCUCUCUUGAUUAAUAAAUGACCAUGGCUCGUUUUGUUUUAA